GAGUGCUCCGAAAGAAUUAUCAUCAAUGUCAGCGGCCUCAGGUUCGAAACCCAGACGAGAACGCUGAAUCAGUAUCCAAACACGUUACUGGGAAACAAUGAGAAACGAAAUAAAUACUACGAUUCACACAGAGAUGAAUAUUUCUUUGACAGGAACAGACCAAGUUUUGACGCUAUACUCUAUUACUAUCAAAGCUCCGGCCGUCUGAGAAGGCCAGUGAAUAUUCCACUCGAUGUUUUCAUGGAGGAAAUAAAAUUUUACGAGCUGGGCAGCGACGUCAUCGAGCAAUAUAAAGAGGAGGAAGGAUUCGUGAAAGAGGAAGACAAACCUAUGCCUCUCAAUGAGACUCAGAAAAAGAUAUGGCUGCUGAUGGAGUAUCCGGAAAGUUCGAUAGCGGCCAGACUGAUUGCACUAAUUUCCAUCUUAGUGAUCCUCCUGUCCAUUGUAAUAUUCUGCUUGGAGACACUGCCAUCUUUCAAGGACCCUUACAAUACCAACAGCAAUAACGACACGAAUUUCGUCGCCUCUUACGACGACAUACCUCAAAUAACGGAUACCUUCUUCAUCUUAGAAUCAGUGUGCAUAGUUUGGUUCACAUCGGAGCUCAUACUCCGUUUCGCUUCCUGUCCGGACCAUCUCUCCUUCUUCCGAAACGUUCUCAACAUCAUCGACUUAUUCGCCAUCGUUCCGUAUUUUGUCACCUUGGCAACAGCCGCGGCUUCCACGCCCACAAUUUCCGGUGGCGGUGGCGGCGGUGGUAGCACCAAAGCCACAACCUCUCUAGCUGUCUUGAGAGUUGUUAGGCUGGUUAGAGUGUUCAGGAUUUUUAAACUGUCCCGGCAUUCGAAAGGUCUUCAAAUUCUCGGCCGCACGAUCCAAGCGAGCAUGAGAGAGUUGGGCCUGCUUAUCUUCUUCCUCUUCAUCUGCGUCAUCCUCUUCUCCAGUGCCGUCUAUUUUGCCGAUGCAGGCGCCCCCAACAGCCACUUCUCCAGCAUCCCUGACGCUUUUUGGUGGGCCGUAGUUACCAUGACAACGGUGGGGUACGGAGAUAUGAAGCCGACGAGUGCUUGGGGAAAGUUAGUGGGGUCCAUGUGUGCCAUCGCCGGGGUCCUAACCAUCGCCCUCCCAGUUCCCGUCAUCGUCAGUAAUUUUAAUUAUUUCUACCACAGGGAGACUGAUAACGAGGAGAAAGUUAGUUAG